CCGCUCAGUACGACACACUGUAGCAAUACGGAAGCGGAGCGCUACAACUGAUGAAAACUGAAUAUUGUUGUUCUUGAUAACAGAACCAGACCUGGAUUCGCACACAAUGAAUUUUUUCUGCUUUAAAAUCCAACAAUAAUGAAAUGAAGUGUUUACUGGUGUCCAAUGAGAAAGCUGAGGUUUUGUUCUACUGGACCGACUCUGAGUUUGAGCAGCAUGUUCAGGAGCAAUAUGGAAAUUCCCAGGAAGAAGGCGAACGGCUGCCUGCAUUUGAAGACAGCAUUAACACGCUCUUCGCACCCAUCAUCAUCUCCGGUAGCACCAUGGUGGACAUAGUCGGGGACAGCUACACGUCUUUCAGCACAGAAAAUAAUCAUAUCUAUGUUCUGCAUCAGUUUGACGAAUGUCUCUACAUCGCUGUGAACGGAGAUGGAGAGGAAACAGAGGAGGAUUUGAAGAGAAAGAUCUAUGUAAUGAAGAAACUCACAGAAGUCAUGUUUGGGAUGGUCACACUCAGCAGUGCCCUCUUGAGGAAAGAAUUACGCCCUCAAGAUACUGUGCAAAGGAACCGUCUGUGGCAGAAACUAAGAGGACUUUUGGAAACAUACAGCCGAUUACGAGAGCAGGACCAAAGCUUUUUAGUGGAGGCUGUGGAGAGGUUGAUCCACCCGACCCUGUGUGAACAGUGUAUUGAGUUUCUGGAACGUCGUGUGGUGCAGCAGAUCAACAACAGUGUGGAGAGAGCUGGAGAAGAAGUUCUGCACGCUUUCAUACUGGUGCACACCAAACUUUUGGCUUUCUAUUCCAGUCGAAAUGCCACCAGUCUGACCACCUCUGAUCUACUGGCUCUCAUUAUCCUGGUGCAAGAUCUCCAUCCUAGUAAAAUGGAUCUAGAUGAUGGAGCUCCUGAGGAAAUGGAGAACAGUUCAGUUCCAGAUGUAUUCUACACACCAGAGUCCUCUCCUCCUGACAGGGAAUCAGUUCAAGCAAGAGGGGAAAGUCCUCCCGUCUUCCAGUUUGUAGAUCCUGAUAUUCAGAUGGCGGAAGACAGUUUAAAAACCCUUGAAGUUCAAACCCUUGACCCUUCAGCCCCAUCCAGGGUUUUUCUAGAAGCCACGCUUAAGAAUGAGGGAUUCUUUCCCAUGAUGCCUCACUCCAUGUAUUGUCUUCCUCUCUGGCCUGGAAUCUCAAUGGUGCUGCUCACUAAGAUCCCAGACAGUCACAUAGCGAUGAAUGUUUACGUCUAUUUGGAAGCGUUUGUGAAGCUGGAGAAGCGGUUAUGUGAGGGUCAAGGUGCAGCCACGCGGGGUCAGCCCUCUUUUCAAGAGCACCGCAGUAAACUGGACAGAUUCAUCCGAACUUUAGCCAGCAUGGACAUUCAGACCUCCCAACUUCAAAAUGCGUGGACAGACUUUAAGAACAAGGCUUUUACCCGGUCUGGACCAGGAUUUACAAAAGACUUGCUCCCCUCUUGUCGAAACAUGAAGACUCAGUUGUGUAGCGUGUACAGGCAGUGUUUUGCAGCAGAGUGCAUGAGCAGUUCUCAGCGUUUGCCGCCACAUAUGCAAGAACGGGCUCUAAGCAUGGUCCAAGAGAAGUUGAUGGACUGGAAGGAUUUUUUGCUGGUGAAAAGCAAGAGGAACAUCACAAUGGUGUCAUACCUGGAGGAGUUUCCUGGUCUCAUCCACUUCGUCUACCUUGAUCGUUCAGGUGGUCAAAUGAUCGCACCCUCCCUAAAUGUUUCUGAUCGCACCGCAUCCGAGCUUGGAAAGGGCCCUUUAGCUCACUUCAUAAAAGAUAAGGUUUGGGGUCUUGUGGCAACAGCUCGGCGGUACCUGCAGAAGGGUUACACCACCGUCACGAUCAGAGAUGGAGAUUAUUUUUACUGUUACUUCCUGUGGUUUGAAAACGAAUCGGGUUACAAACUAGAAGUAAUAGACAUACCUAGCCUCCCAGAGGACUCUGCUCCAAUCGGAAUGCUUGCCUGGGAUUAUUACAGGAAACUGCUGCGAUAUUAUAGCAAAAGUCAUCAGAGCGAGGUGGUGAAGUGUUAUGAACUGCUGACGGUGCAUCUUGGUGUAAUUCCCACUGAAUAUAUUCUUCAGCACUGCAGUCAGCUGGCCCGCAAACUCUGGGAACCCUCACGCAUCCCUCUACUGUGAAGAUCACUCAAGGUUUUAUCAAACAACAGUAAUAUGGCCAAUGCAACAAUUUUUACUUUUGUAUUUAUAUAAUCGAUAGAUUUAUAAAACAGUUUUCUGCCCCUCUGCACAUGCACUUUGCAUUUCAGUGUAAUUAUUUGCAGAACUCAUUAUGCCAAGUAACAAAACAUUACAUUUCUUUUGCUUGCAAUGAAUUGAGCACUGACUCCAGGAAACAUUUUGAUAAAGCGAUGUGAAUAUAUUUUUUUAUGGAAAGCUAUUGAUGUUUCCUGAUCAUUUCUUUCAGAGUCAUGGUCAUAUACUGUAUAGUACAGAUUUAUCAAAACAGAUUUAAUCUUAAUGAAUAUAUUAGUUACAUUUAGAGUUCAUAAAA